AUGGUCGUGCCUGCUUUUGAAGAAGUGCUCGACUCCAUUGGAUCAAGAGGAAAAUUUCAGACGAGGCUCAACAUCGUCUUCAAUUUCAUCGGCCCAUGUGUGAACCUAAUAAGCGUAAAUGUUUUCUAUCUUGCAAUGCAGACUCCUGAUCACUGGUGCCACGUUCCUGGCAGAAAAAGUGCCAACAUGUCGCUGGAGGAGUGGAAAAAUCUCACAAUCCCUAAGGAAGGAGACUCGUUCAGCAAGUGCCUGAUGUACAACCAGAGUGAUGACGUCGACUGGAGCAAGAAAGAACGCGUGCAGUGCCAGCACGGCUGGGACUAUGACGACACGUGGUUCUCGCUGACGGUCCCUUCGCAGAUGAACUGGGUCUGUGACAGCAAGCACGUCACAAAUGAUGUCUUGUUCUACGCACAGAAUUUCGGAGUUGCUCUGGGACUGCUCUUUGGGUAUAUAGGCGACAUGUAUGGCCGACGGCCCCAGCAGUUCCUGUGCAUGGCGGCCCAUGUUAUCAGCAGGCUUUUGCUGGUCCUCACACCAGACGUCCUUCUGCUCUUCAUCCUGGCGGAGUCCCUCAUAUCAGCUGCUGCAGGGCCUAUGAUCGAAUCUGCGUUGGCUGUUGAGUCACCGCGGUGGUUGGCAUGCAAAGGUCGCGAGGAGGACGCCUUGAAGUUGCUGCGUCGCAUCGCCAUCACCAACGGCGGUGAGGUGCCUUCGUUCGCACCGCAGGUGAUGCGGACCGUGGCCAAGGCCCAGAGGGACAGGAAGGGCUUCCUCAGCCUCUUCUCCAGCUGGAACGUGUUCAAAAAUACUGUGUUGCUCAUUAUUGCAAGGUCUACGCACCUGCUGACGCUUCACUCGCUGGUGAUGAUGGCUGGCGGCGUGGGCGUGAAUCCUUUCUUAGCAGUGGCAGCGCAGGGCGCCAUCCAGCUGCCCGCCUACUGCGUCGUCCACUACACUGCUGCGCGCUUCGGCCGCCGCUGGUCCGCCGUGGGCAGCGCCCUGCUCGCUGGCAUCACCUCUGCGGCCGUCUCCUGCAUGUUGGCCGCUAACUUCAGUGGACUGGCCAUUACGAUGAUGAUGGUGAUAACUCAGUUCUUCACGACGGGCACAAACGGUAUGGCCAACCUGCAGAGCGUGGAGGUGCACCCCACGUGCCUGAGGCAGAUCGCGGCCUGCGUUGAGUGGACCGGAGCUGGCGUCGUUAUGUCUGCCCUGCCAUACGUAGCCCUCAUGAGCGACAGACGGAUGCCAUGUGCCAUCCUCGGUGCUCUUAACUUGGGUACAGCGUUUGCCGUAUCGUUUCUUCCGGAAUCUGCACUGCAGAGGUUACCGGAGACAUUACAGGAUGCAGCCGUCUUUGGAAAAGACCAGAAGUACUGGAGCUGGAAGCCCAAACCACCUCCAGGAUAUGUCACGAGGAAAACCAAGUUCGAGAGUUCCAUUUAAUGAUAUUGUACCACGUAUAUACUUUUGCAGAAAUAUAAAUAGAGAUAAGACAGCGUCAUCAUUGACGUAUAUGGAGACUACGCAAAUACGAUGGAAAUGUACUCAGAAAUAAAGUGAUUUCUCAAGCUCAACUGCGGAAAUAGAAUGACGUGCCACUUGAGUUACUCUAGCGUUUAAUGAUUCGUAGAACAUCGCACG